UAGCGAUUGACACGGCCAGACAAAGAUGACGAUCAGAGCACUACGGCAAAUAGCAAAAGGCCAGAAUGGCCUCGGCGCAUUCGUUCUUCAGUGCAAGAGGUUGGACUUCUUCUACUGCGACUGGGCCGGUAGCUCCAAGGGAAUGAACGGCUUCAUCAAGUCCCUCCUCCCCAAGUUCGCCGCCGCCAACCCCCAAAUCGAAUUCUCCAUCUCCCCCCGACCCGGCAAGCACCCCGUGGUCAUUGGCCACUACAUCAACGGCCGUACCAAGCCCAUCUGCGUGCGAAACAUGUCGCCCUACGAGAUCCUGCAAAAAGCCGAGCUCCUCCGUGACGCCAGCGGCGAGAAGCUGAAGAAGACCAACAGGGCUGUCACCAGCACCAAGCCCAGUGUGCGUGGUAUCUGGUCCCCGUACCACGGAAAGGGAAUGGUGGUCUGAGACGAAUGUUUGGAUUAUGUGUAUAUGUAUCUGGAACAACUUGGGGUUGCCUGCUUGCCGCAUUGGGUUGUGAGGAAACUGUACGAUUUAGAGUAAGGAUCUCCGGAUGAUAGAAGCGUCAAUGAUACCUGCUUCGCCGAC